AUGGUAAUGGCAAUGGCAAGUGACAGUGCAGCAGUAACGUUUUUUGGUCUCGAGACGAUCAAUAGAGUGUCGUUUUUACGGGAAGACAGGUUAUUUAUAUCUCAGGCAUUCGAGCAUGAGAGCUCGCUAUUCAUACCGUUCGUGGACGGACAGGCUUUUACGGGUGAUAGUGGGACAGAUUUGCUAUUUCUAGGGCAACAUGUUGAAAGUAAUAGCGGGUGGAGUAGCGUUUUGGAACGGAUAGGGUCGGUUUUGGACACUGAGAAAGGAUGGCUGGUGGAGUCUGGUUUCACCGCGACGUUUCUAGGACUUCGCGAAUAUGGGACAUACAGUGGUGAUGUGCAAGUUUUCAAGUAUAAGGAGUACGUUGGAAGACCAAUAUUUGCGUUGGACUUGCGUCCCGGUAGUGAUACGUUGAUUAAGAAGGCCGAUGUGCAGUUUAUACUGGACCGGUAUCAGCCAUUGGGGAGAAUGCAGGCAUUUAGUUUGAGCAACGAGGUUGCGUCUAUUUUCUCGCACGCCAACAUGUAUUUGGAUUGGUUGCGUAAGUAUCUGUAUUGCCCCGGGUGCGGGUCCAAGAUUUACCCUGUUCAUUGCGGUACCAAGCUGCAAUGCGGUAACACGAAACCGGACGCCAAGUGUCCGGUCCAGAGCGCAGCCGUGUCCAAUGUGUGCUUCCCAAGAACCGAUCCCGUGGUUAUUGUCGCGAUUGUUGACAGACAGUUCUCCAAGAUAUGUCUAGCUCGCUCUAGAAGAAGAAUGGGGGAUUUCGUCAUGUACUCUACCAUUGCAGGCUUCAUGGAACCCGGCGAGACUGUGGAACAUGCGUGCCAGCGUGAGAUUUGGGAGGAAACUGGUGUAAAGGUCGGUCCAGCAGAUGUGGAAAUCCUUCAUACCCAGCCAUGGCCCUACCCUUCCAACUUGAUGAUUGGAUGCCUUGGUAUCGUGGAUUUCAACGGUGACAACGAAACGAUUAAUCUAGAACAUGACAAGGAGUUGGCAGACGCAAGAUGGUUUGAUUUGAAACUCGUCUCAGAAGCAUUUAGCAAACAUGAUAAAACAUCGACAGCUUUCUUGAAGUAUGACGACACGAUCAGUUUCCCCGGCCGGACUGCUAUCGCUCAUCAAUUGAUAGAAUAUGCAGUUUCUAAGCAUAACAGAAUCAACGGAAACCUAUAA